AUGGUGCUGCACAGGGCGAUCCAGGCGGCACGGGAGGGGGACCUGUCCAUGCUGAGGGUGCUGUCGGGCUCCGGGCACCUCCCGUCCGCUGUCACCGACGCCCAGGGGGCGUCACCCGUGCACCAUGCCGCCCGCUGCGGCCGCCUGGACUGCGUGCGCUACCUGGUGGGUGAAGCAGGUCUCUGUGGCAACGCAAGGGCCGGGAACGGAGCAACGCCCGCCCACGACGCGGCCGCCACCGGGCACCUGCUGGAGCUGCAGUGGCUGGUGCAGCAUGGAGGCUGCAGCACUCAGGACCGGGACAGUGCUGGGGCCACAGCGCUCCACUUGGCCGCUCGGUUCGGGCGUGUGGAGGUCCUCCAGUGGCUGCUGUCAGUUGGGGGCGGGGCAGAGGAGGAGACGGACUGUGGGGCGCUGCCCGCCCACUACGCUGCGGCCAAAGGUGACCUCACCUGUCUGAAGAUGCUGGUCUGCCAGGCCCCAAGGUGUGUGAAUCACCAGACGGCGAUCGGGGCCACCCCGCUGUACCUGGCCUGCCAGGAGGGCCACCUGCACGUGCUGGAGUACCUGGUGAAAGACUGCGAGGCCGACGUCCACCUGAGGGCCCACGAUGGCAUGAGCGUCCUGCACGCUGCUGCACACAUGGGCCACCACGCCCUGGUGGUCUGGCUGGCCUCUUUCACAGACAUAGACAUCUCCUGCCAGGACCAGGAAGGGGCCACUGCACUUCACUUUGCUGCCAGUGGAGGGCACCAUCGCAUCCUGGAACGACUGCUGCGUAUGGGAGCAAAGAUCAUCGAGGACGACUGGGGGGGGACACCCCUGCACGACGCAGCAGAGAACGGGGAGCUGGAGUGCUGCCAGAUCCUGUUGGCCAAUCACGUCAGCGCCACAGAGCAGGACAAGGACGGCUACACACCAGUGGACCUGGCUGAAUACAAUGGCCACUAUGACUGUGCAAACUACCUCCGGGCCAUGGAGCAAUGUUGUCCGUUUCACUCCGCUUCCCUUCCAGUCCCACAAAGCUCGGACGCCGCUGAGGGUUUCUCCCCGGCCUCCGCCGUGGCCGGGCCCUCUUUAAUUGAUUACUUAAAAGCUGCUCUGCUGUGUUCUCAGGUCCAGCGCCCCCCUGUGGACGACUCUCCCCCAGAGGUCACUGCUGCAGAGGCAGAGAGGAGAGGGAGGCCAGCAGUGUCCUGGCAGCCCAGCUCGGCAGACUACUACAGGGGCCUGAACGGGGCACACACACCCCCCUGCAGCAGCCCUGAGAUGGAGAGCGGCAAGGUGACCCACGCCGAGGGGCGUCAGGGGCCAGUGAAAGAAGUGCCCCCCCAGCCACGCCCCCCUGCCCCACCCUCAUCCCCUUCCCUGGUCCCCGCCCACAGACCGACCACCGGCACCCUACAGCAAGUGCAGGUGGCAUCAACAGUUGUGACUUCCUUCAGCCUGAUGAAGCCCUCGGAGGGGGAGAGAAGGCUGCUCGCACAGAUGAAGUCCAUCAAGUCGCUGAAGCACGCGGGGAUCACGGCAGUCUUCACAGGACAGGCGAAGGGGGACAGAAUGGUGCCGCUACCCGCGGAGGAGGCUAAUCUGGCUGACAUCGACUCGCUGGUGCCGACCCACGACGAGAGGGGGCGGCCCAUCGCCGAGUGGAAGAGGCAGGUGAUGGUGCGCAAGCUGCAGGCCAGGCUGCAGGAUGAGGAGGACCAGAGGAGGAAGGAAAAUGGGAGCAAAUACGUGGAGAUGGAGGGCUGGCGGUACUCCCAGGUGCACAACGCCAUCCUCGGGCCCUUCGGUGAGCUGCUGACCGAGGAUGACCUGCUCUACCUGGAGAAGCAGAUCGAGACCGUCUCCAUGCAGAAGAGGUGCCAGGCCUACGAGCUCGAGCUGGCCCGUCUGGCCGAGGAGCUGAGGACCAUCCUCCCGGCUCCCAUUGUCAACAUCACGGUGAACACCCAGCUCAGGGAGCCAGACACAGACUCCCAGAUUCCCCUGCCAGUGUGGUGCAGCCGUAUAUCCGGCAUCAUCAAGAGCAUGUCCCUGCUCCUCACCAACCUGUCCGACAGAGACAAGGACGGCACCAUCUGCAAGAUGCCCAACACCGAGCUUGUGUCCGUCUUCUCCCAGCCGGCAGGGAGGCAGAACUCCACCAGGGGAAGGAGGGAGAAGGUGGAAAAGGAGAUCCAGCAGUUCGGGGUUUCGGUGCGGAACCUGAGGUCGAAUUUUGAGUCUCAGAUGGGGGGUCGUUUCCCGUUUGGCGGUGGUGAGCACCUCGCGCUGGACAUGCAGGAGGAGAAAGCAGAGAACAGGAUGGUCAGGGCCACUCAGGUGGAAGACCAGCCUGCUCCUGUGGCCCCCAGCAGAGAUUCAGGCGUGGUCUGCGAGGACAUGCCAAGGGAAGACCUUCGUCCCGUGAGGGAGACCACCAGCUUGCGAAAAGAACGCAUAGUGGUCUUGUUCCUGGGUCACUGGAAAAAGUCAGCCUACACCUUAACCAUGAGAGGCAAAAAAUGCCUGGAGGCGCGAGAAACGGUCGAAAAGACCGACCAGAAAGCUGUGGACAAAAUCCCAGCGGAGCCCCAGCGGAGGAGGACCGCAGAGAACGGUUCCCUGUGUCACUUCUUCAGGCAGCGGACGGCCAUCAACAGGAUGAUCAGCAACUGGAGGAGCAUCAUCUCCCGCGUCCCGUCCCGCCAGAUCCGCCGCCUGCACCGCCGGCAGGUCACCUACUCCCCCGAGCAGUUCCUGCCACGCGUGGACGGGGCGCCCGUCGACUACAACAGCCUGACCCUAGACCUCUUCAUGCUGGGCUACUUCCACAUCCUGGAGCAGGAGCUGCCGGCGGACGAGAGGAAGAUGAGGCACCUGCUCUGCUUCGAGGUGUUCGACCACGUGGGCCGCUUUGCCUGGGAGAAGGUCCGGGACUUCCACCGCGCUGUCCUGCGGGACAUCGAGGCCGGGAACAGGGAGUGGAGGGACGGCUUCGAGGACAUCAAGGUCAAGUUCUUUGGGAAAGUGCCCGGCCAAUCAGAGCCUCCCUCCAGCAGUGGGAGGAGCCUACAGAUAGAGGCGAGGCCAGUGCCUACAGUGGUCAUCCAGACCGCUACCCCAGAAGAGGGGGACCUCCUGAGAAAAGGGGGUGCAGAAAUAUCCUGCUUUAGCAAUGAUGAAAUCUGCAAGUACAUAGACCGGAGCUUCGCAUUCUGGAAGGAAAAGGAGGCAGAAAUCUUUGAUUUUGAACAUUAG